GGCGUCGGGAUAGAGCUAGUUGAGUGCUUUCCGAUUAUUGGUGAUAUAAGGAUCUGUGAAAAUUUUUGCCUCUGUCAAACUCGCCUGUUCCGUCGCUCCUCGCACCCUCUCUUCGCUUUUCCAAUCUUUCUCCUUCCUUGCACCCAUUUUAGCUAUUUCUGCGACAUCCGUCUGCCUCUCCCUGCAAACAUGUCUCCCAAGCGUUGCCCUGGACCCUGGACCGGGAACUCGAAGGGAAGGCGAAGAACAAGACCCUGUGAAGACCCUGCUCACAGCUUGCUAGUCCCUCCGCCACAGCCGCCCGCAUCCGACCUUGAAUCUUCAGCCCGGGCAUCCUUUUCCGGCGAGGAAGUAACAGCCCAACAGACUCCCCCUUCCAAGCGAAACCCAGCCGCGAGAAAGUUAUACGAGAUCACAGAACCGUUUUCAGACCCAGUGGAGGAAAGAAAGAGAAUAAACGCGAUCGCAGCCAGAGAAAACAGAGAAAGGAAAAAACGGGAAAAUGAUCAAAUGUGUGAACAGAUUCAACGUCUCAACCACGUGAACAGACAGUGUACGAAGGCAUUAAAACGAUUCGAAACGGAAAUAAAGAAACUCGAUGCAAAGCUGAAGACUUCACAGCGACGCAACGAGCACCUUGAGGAGAAGCUCAAGCAGAAGGAGAAGGAGCUCCGAGACCGUCGCGAGAAGUUCUUGCUGUUCCGCGGCCACCUCGAGCUCAUCACCAGCCACCUCGACGACAGCAACCCGGCCAAGAAGCUAAUCACAGGACUUUUGAAAUUGCCGAAAUCGUAGUGAACGUAUCUGAGAUCAACGACCAAGUUCAAUAAUGCACGAUUUUUUAAAAUUUUAAUGUAUGAGUCAGUCGUGCAAUUUACAGUUAAAAUUGUGGAGAAAAGAGGCAAGCACUCCAUGGCUAUGAGGGGAAGACAGACAUACGCUGUCAGUCAAAAUCGUCUUUUAAAAUGAUAGGCUCUUAUCAUGACAAACAUGAUAUUGAACAAGUUGAACAAGUGAAAUGUGAAAGUGAAAAAGAAUCCUCAGAA